GUGAUUGGACGAGAGGCGUGUGGCUCAAGAAGUUCAGGAGGCGAGUUUGUCAAGUUGGAUGUGGAGACUCAGUGAGAAGUGGCAGCUGUAUCUGGGACACACUGAAGAAAAGUGACCGAGCACGGAGACAGACAAAGCCUCUAGGGGGCCAUGUCUGGUGGCAGCGGCGCUAACAACAGCUGGACCAUCCUCUCUUCUGAGGAACCUGUUGCUGAAACCCUGAGGCCUUUGGCAGAGGGGACGGAGCAGAAUGAAGAAAACCAGACGUCUACAUCAGGUUCUGGGGAGAACAACCAGCCUGCGAACGCUGCAGAAGGACCGGCCCUGCUGGACGACACAGUGUCAGAAGAAAAACCAGCAGAGCUAAGCGAGGCCUCCGAGCCCACAGCUGUCACCGAAGCCCCCAUUUCUUCCGCUCUGGAGGCCUCUGGCAGCUCCGUCCAUGAAGUCGGCCAGACGGAGGGCUCAUCUGAGGGCCCGGCGGAGCUCAGCCCCGACCCCGAUUCCUCCUCCGAAUCCUACACCUGCGUCACCUCCUCCCCUGACGAGCCUCCAGCCUCGCUGCUGAGCACCGAGACCGUCGGGAGUGCGGCGUUCGCGCCGGACGAAGAGAAGCUCAAUCGGGACGAGACGCUGCAUCGUCACCUGAACGGGGAGGAGCUUCACCUGGAAGGGGAGGAGUCGGAGCGCCAGAGGUCGGCCGACUUGGGGAAACAGGCAGACUCCCCUGAGGAUUCGGAGGCGGGUGAGAAGACGGGGGAGGAGGGGGAGCCGGAGGUGAGGAGGAGAAGGUCUCUCCUGGCAGCGCUGGAGAGGGUCGGAAGGAGAGAGGAGGAGGAGGAAGAUGAAGACUUCCAGGUGCCACAGCGGGAGGAAGACAGCGGCUUCUCUGUGAACAAGUGCAUCCUGGGAGCCGUGAUCCUGUUGGGCCUCGGCACCAUCUUCUUCUCAGGUGUUUUCAUGGACCUGGAUGAGGAAAGCGACUACGGCCCGGCGGAUGUGAAAGGUGCAGAAGUACCAGGAAAACAGGAGUGGCUUAAUCCAGAGGCCCCUCCGCCCCCAGUGGACGCCGACAGUUCGCAGCUUCUAAAUAAGUUAGCAGAAGGGAGCCAGCAGAUUUCGGUGUUACAGGCCCAGCUUCAGGCACAGAAAGAGGAGCUAAAAGUAGCCAAGGGACAGGCAGCAGAGGGAGCGAAGGAGCGUCGGCACUGGGAGGAGGUGGAGAAGGAAAACAGUAGGUUGAAGACACAGAUGGCCUCUCUCCCUGUCCUUCAGAAAGAGAACGAGAGGAUGAAGAAAGAUCUGGAGUCUGUGCCGGCCCUACAGAAAGAGCUAGAAACUCUGAGAUCCACUGUGACUGAAUUAAAACUCUCCUCAGCAGCUGAGCAGGCAGCUCAUGUGAAGCCCACUACAUCACCCCCUACUGGUCAGUUAGAAGACAGCAGGCAAGCUAAGAAGCCAUGGGACGACCAGAAAGAGAAGAAGAAGAAAGUCAAAUACGACAUGGGCGAGAAGAAAGAGUGGAAAGAGAAAUCUGCAUGGAAGGGAGAAGAUAAAAAGGAGCGGAAAGACGGCGGUAAAAAGGAAAAACGCGAGCAGGGAACGUUUGAGAAGGAAGGAAAGCAUAAGAGGCAAAACGAUGAAGCAAAACAGUGGAAGAAAGAGAAGAUGAGCAGAGGGGACGAAGGAAAGCCUUGGAAGAAUCGGGAAGGAAAGAAAGAGUGGAUAGGAAAGGGCGAGAAGAAAGAAUGGAAGGAGGAGAAAGAGAGGAAGAAGGUGAAGCAUGAGAAAGUGAAUGAAGGUAAACAGUGGAAGGGAGGAAAGGAUCACGGAGAGAGGCAUAAGGGAAAGGACGAAUGGAAGGGAGAGAAGGAAUGGAAGAAAGUGAAAGACGGCUAUAAGGAAAGUGGCAAAGAGAAGUGGGAGAAGAAAGACUGGAAGGAGAAAGGAGAGAAGAAAGAAUGGAAGAAGGAAAGUGAGUGGAAAGAUAAAGGAAAGGGCGAGAGGAAGCACUUUGAGGGCGGCAAAAAUCACGGCAAAGAAAGAUCAGGGAAGGACGAGAGGAAGCAGUGGAACGAGCAGGAGUGGAGUAGAAAUGGAAAACAUGAUAAGGAAUGGAAGAGGAAGGACGAGAAAGAGGAAGAGUGGAAAAGAGGAAAGCAGAAGGAGAAGAAGCACAACGGAGACGGGAAGAAAGAAAAGUGGGAGAAGAGCGAUAAAUUUACAGGUCAUCACGUCCACGGGGAAGAUCACCUUUAUGCCGAUGGAAAGCAGCCUCACUCUCACCGUAAACCCUCCCUGGACCAGCCGGAGUACUGGCAGCAGCGGAAAGACCGCCUGCAGCGCAACCCCAAACCUCCGCAGCACUGCAGCUCCCUGGAAACCUGCGCUCAGGCCGAACGCCUGCGUCCCGUCGCUUUACCGGACUUCGAGGCCGUCCUCCAGACGUAUCUCGCCAAGGCAGAGGAGGCCGGGGUGGACGAAUCCAAGAGAGAGGAGCUGAGGAAGCUGGCGGCCGAGUUCUUCAAAGACGGCGUCUUUGUUCACGACCAGAUGAGCUUUCAGGAGUUCGCCGAGGACGUCGGGGACAUUUUGGAAGACAUGGUGGAAGGCGACGAGGAGGACAGCGCCAUAGAGGAGGAGAUGGAAGCGUUCGAAAGAGAAGUCAUGGAGACGUUUUCGAUUCCAGGAGAGAAAGAGGAGCGAAUCAAAUCAGAGUGGAGGAAGGAGGGCGAACGAGGACGUGGCUGAUGAAAGGAUGGAUCUGUCAAAGGAGUCGGGAUGGAUGAAGGUUUACUCAAAGGGAACACUUCUUAUUGGACCACAAAUGCUUACAAGUACACAUUUAUCAGCCUGCCAUCCUUCCUGAAGGACGGCUUCUCUUCAGUCUGUGGUCCGAGCGAUUUCAAUUGUGAUUUUGUGUCGUUGUUUUGGGAAGUUUUGUGUUUCACCUGCACACAUGCACACGCCUUUAGUAUAAAGGGAUAUAGAAAGGGCUUGGAUCUACAUCAGAAUGUUUUCAGAAAGAAUUUCUAAAAGCAUAGCUUCUGAUGUUGAGUCUAGAGAAUAUUCUCUAAAAUGCCCCACAUACAGCAGACAACAGAAGUGAGUACACCCCUGUUCACUAUUAAUUACAUGUGACAAUUUAAAAUGUAUUAACUCUUAAUAGGUGCAUUAUUUUUUAAGUUGAACAGAGUAUUUCCUCUUAUGAACAAUCAAACAACAACUUACUAAAGACUGUAUUGAAAAUUCAAGCCCCGAAGUAGAAUCUCUUGUGAUUUCCAGUCAGCGUUGUUAUAAAUGAGCCGUAAGCAGCAGAACCUUCUCAGUUUUGGACCUAUGGACGGUAUCUGUGUCUGCGUCAUGGCUCCACGCGGAAAAGAACUGCCAAACAUCUAUUUGUGAGACUUCACAAAGAUAGAAAAGGAUGCAGAAAGAUGAGUGAUGAACUAAGAAUCGGUGUCAGAUGACUCCCAGUCUGCAGAAGCUGGAAGAAGAGGAAUAUUCCAGCAGGAGAACCAUCCACAGAUCUGAAUAACUCCACUGUGGGGCCUGUAUUUUUAAAGUUUUUAAAUUUACAUAGGAGCUAAUACUGACUGUUCAACUUAAACACUGCAGUUGCUGUUAGUUUCUAUAAUUUAAGUGAGUUUGAACAGGGUUUUACUCACUUCUGUAGCUUGUUGUAGCUUUUGAUACGUGACUGAGCACAUGCCGCUAACGUCAACACCACUGGUUACAGUAUUUACUUUAUAGUCUUAUUCAAACACUACUUUGCUCUGCACUGUUUACCUAUUUGCUGAUCGGGCUUACAGUCCGCCAUCUUCAUGUUUAAUUACUUAAGCCUGAUUCUUAAUGUGGGAUUAUCUUUAACAGUUGGUUAACAAACCAGUUUUUUUUUAAAUAAAGGAUGGCUUUAAAACGGACUGCUGGAACGAUUUAGCGAAUAUUUGAUGUGAAAUUAGAGAAAUCGGCGUAGAUCUUACCUUGACGGUUGUACAUAUCGCAUUUAAGAACUUUGGCUGUAAUUUCAAGAUAUAUAAUUAACUUAUUUUCUAGAAGCUGGCGUAGGGUAGAGGAAGGAAUCGGUCGGCACAGAAGGCACUGACAUGUUGAGCAUGUAUAUUUUACUUCAGGUACGGAACUCGCGUUGUGCACUAAUUGUUUUGCGAUGAGUGUAGCAUUUGUUUGCGUGGAUUAGUUUGGCGCUUCGUUCUCACACGCUGAUGAAUUUGUGAGACGUAGCUGACUGAAGCUCCUGCUGCACCGUAGAGAUUGUUUAUCGGAGGAUUUCGUGUGGCAGUUUUAGCAAACUUUGGAUGUUUGGAAGUUUGUGUCGGCUGCUGUUGCUGUCAUAAGAGCAGAAUAAUAAAUGGAAGCACCUCCCUGUGAUGAAA